AUGGACAUGGAGAUGGGAUCACAAAGCUUCGGGCACGACCAUCCGAUGGUGUUCAACGAUGUGCAGAGCAAUCAAACCAAAGAAGUUACUUGCUCAAGGUGUGGGGAGAUGGUGUUUGGUUCGAGCUUUAGCUGCUCGGAAUGUGAGUUUUAUCUCCACAAGAAAUGUGCUGAGGCACCUCCGGAGAUUCGCCACCCUUACCAUCGCGAUCACCCUCUUGUUCUCUUACCAAAGUCACCAUACGAGAAAGGAAGAGCCAUCUGCAAUUUCUGCGGCAAGACCUGUGAGAAAUUUAUUUAUCAUUGCUCUUGUGAGUUAGACCUUCAUGUCAAAUGUGCUUUAUUGUCCUUUGAUAUUGCUGAAAAGGUACUUGGAGAGCUUAAACGUGUACCUCUCAAAGUUCCGUUGGUCUCCGCAGACGACAACGAUGAAGAGCUUGAGAGGGCCAAAUGUUUUGUGUGUCGGGAACCAUUAUUAGGAUCUAUGCACUUUUCUCCUGAUUGUGGGUUUAACCUACAUAAGAAAUGCGUUGAGCUACCUCCUAAAAUCAAUUACCCUCUUCAUAAGGACCAUCCUCUGUUUUUACAGAUGCGUAUUCAAGGAUUGUCUUGCAAUUUGUGUCAUCGAAGGCUACCUGUAUUUGGAUUUAACUAUUCUUGUUCACCUUGUAAAUUUGCACUUCAUAUAACAUGUGCAGAGUUACCUCCUACACUCGAUCUCCCCUGCCACCGUAAACAUCCUCUCGUUCUAGCAUUCCAAAACAAUCCAUCUUGUGAUGCAUGCAAAGAAACCCAACGCGGGUGGUACAAGGUGAUUGAGGCAAGGAGUCUUGAUGAUUUGGCAAUGGUUCCCAGAAGGUCUGUUGAUCCCAUCAUUUGCAUUGAGAAAAACAAAGAUGGAGAAAUGACAGAAAUAAAACAUUUCAGCCAUGCACAUAAUCUGAUAUUACAGGUCAAUCUCAUGAAGGAACAUCGUGAAGGGUCCAAUCUCAUGGAGAAAUACUGUGAUGGGUGUGUCCUACCCGUCUCGAAUCCAUUUUAUCAUUGCUCGCAAUGUGAUUUCUUUCUGCACAAGGAAUGCGCUGAAUUGCCUAUGGAGAAACAGUUGUGGUUUCACAUCUGUCAACGGUUUCUCAUCCUUGUUGCAGAUCAUAUUUUCAGAUGUGGUCUUUGUCGAAGUGAGUGCAACGGCUUCUCCUAUCGAUGCAAGGAGUGUGAUAUUUAUUAUUGCCUCCAUUGUGCAACGAGGAGCUACACGAUUGAACAUCCUUCACAUGAACAUCCUCUUUAUUAUGAUCGUAAUCACAAAGGACGGUGCAGUGCUUGCGAUGUUACAAGGCGUGGUCUCUUCAGAUGUAAGCAUUGCAAAAUCAGUUUGCAUAUCCAAUGUUUGAGACAACCGCUCACGGCUUGGCACGGAUGCGAUGAACACCUGCUUGCACUUACUUACAAAGAGGUCAGUACAUAUUCACAGUAUCUGUAUUGUGAUAUAUGUGAAAGAAAGAGAGACUCGAACCGUUGGUUCUAUUGUUGUGCGAGCUGUGAUGUUUCUGUUCAUCUUGAUUGUGCCCUCGGAAGGUAUCCGUUUAUCAAACCAGGAAGCAUUUACAGGGGAUUAGAGGAUCACCCGCAUCCUCUAACUUUUGUGAAGAAGACAUUUUCUUGUCCCGGAUGUCACAAAUGUGGUAUACCUUGUCGAGAUUUGUGUCUUGAAUGUGAAGAUUCUACCUGUGGUUAUGUUGUCCAUUGGGAUUGUGCAAAACCUUCUCAUCUGAAGAACCAAAAGAUUGUACUUGAUACAACCGAAACAGAUGAAAGUAUUCCGAAGGGAAGUGUCCCGAAUUCGUCUUGCGUAGUUCUGGUACGUUCUUUUGCUAAUUUCUAA